AUGCAGAGGGAUAGUGACGGCAUCUCACCUAAAGGGAAAGUUGAGUCAUGGGUGAGGGUCAAAAGACCCUCCAGCUCAAUGAGCAAAAAUGAGUUGGAUGACGCCAACAAGAUCAACGCUCUCUCAAGGAAGUACAGUGCCGUGGUCAAUCUGAACAGCCGCUGGCAGAACUGGUCCUAAACGAACACCGUCAACCAGAAGCUCAACCCCUUCAGUGAGGACUUUGACUAUGAAUACUCCAUGUCCCUACGCCUCCACCAAGGCGAGGAUGGUUACGGACGCCCCAAGGAGGACACCAAAACAGCCGAACGUGCCAGGCGAGCCGAGCAACACAUCCACGGUGAGAUAACCGACAUGUGCUAUGUGAUCAGGACUAUGAACGACCCAGAUCCGGACGGGAAGACCCGCGUCACUUUCAGAGAACUGUUUGAUAGAUACGUACGCGUCUCUGACAAGGUGGUGGGGAUUCUUCUGAGAGCCAAG